CAUGUCUGAAAGGAAGGCAGUGAUCAAAAAUGCCGACAUGUCGGAGGACAUGCAGCAGGACGCCGUGGAGUGUGCCACACAGGCCCUGGAGAAGUACAACAUUGAGAAGGAUAUCGCUGCAUACAUUAAAAAGGAGUUUGACAAGAAAUAUAACCCGACCUGGCACUGCAUCGUGGGAAGAAACUUUGGCAGCUACGUGACUCAUGAGACCAAGCAUUUCAUUUACUUCUACUUGGGUCAAGUGGCUAUUCUGCUGUUCAAGUCAGGCUAAGGGAACGCAUUUUGUCUACAUCAGCUGACCAUACAGUACUGACUGACUCGACAAAGGCACUUAUCAUUCCUUGGCAAGGGGCCGCUGCCUUUUUCUGUGCUGCUUUCUACUAUGUUGUUUUUGAGGAUUUAAAAAACCGUGGCCAUGUUAAAGAGAUGAAAUACUUGUAUUUAUUUUUGUCUUGUUACAUUAGACAUGUCAUUUUUAAAUAAAAGCAUAGCUUUUAA